AUGUGGGCUAAGCAUGGUUUGAAUAAGAUUGCUAUGCUUAAGAAUGGAAUAAUUUUGGUUCGAUUUGAUAGUGCAGUUGGUAAGAAUGCAGGAGGUAUUUACCAAUUUGAUAAUAAACCUUUCAUUGUGAAGGCUUGGGAUGAGGAUAUGAAAUUUUCUAGGGAUGAACUCUACUCAGUGCCUAUUUGGAUUAAAUUUCCAGGAUUGGAUUUCAAAUACUGGAGUGCUAAGGGGUUGAGUAAGAUUGGCAGUUUAGUGGGGAAACCAUUGAUGAGUGAUCACAACACAGAGAAAAAGAUAAGGCUGAAUUUUGCCAGACUAUUGGUUGAAGUAGACAUGGGUGCUGAACUACCAGAUGUAGUACUUUUCAGGAAUGAAAGGGGUAACAUCAUAGAUCAGAAGGUAGUUUAUGACUGGAAACCAACCUUAUGUUCCUUUUGCAAGAAAUAUGGACACACAGAUGAAGUUUGUAGAAAGAAGAAUCCUCCUAAACAGAAGGAACCUGAAGUGCCAAGAGUGCAGGAGAUUCAAGUGGUGCCACCAGGACCAAAGGCAGUGCAAUUAGUUCCUAAAGUUCAACCACAAAAGAAAAAUGGUGCAGGGGUUCAAGCAAUUCCAUCUGGGAAAACUGGGAAGCAACAAAGCACUCAGGAAGUGGCAAAAGCUCAAGGAACACAGCCUGAAACCCAAAAGCAAGCAAUGCAGCAUAAUAGUGCAGGAAAAGUGAUAUGGGUUACUCCAAUGAGAAUUAGGAGAUCAUCACCUCAGAAGCAGCAAAAGCAGAGUUCUAAUAAUGAUAAUCCUUUCUCAGGUUUAGAUAAACCAGGGCCUAGUCAGAGAAAUGAGGAGAAUGUGGAGAAUGUGAGAGGCCAGACCAUUCUAUCCAUAGGGAAUGUGUCAUUUGUGUAUGCGUUUAACACCAAGGAAGAAAGGAGACGUCUGUGGGAAUACUUAGACACUGUUGGUGCUGCUUGUCAAUUACCUUGGAUGAUCACUCGAGAUUUCAACUCAGUUCUUGAUAAAGAGGAUAGGUUGGGUGGUCAUACAGUGACCUGGGCUGAAGUGGUGGAUUUUCAAAAUUGGGUGGCUGAGAGUGGGGUGAUUGAAUUGCCUCAACAAGGUUAG